AUGGGUAUUUGUGCAGCCAAGGCAUGCUUUGAUGGUCAUCGAGUUGGGGAAGAAUAUGUGGACAUGGUACUACUCGCCCCAUCCCGAGCCGUGCCCUUCAAAGGACAUGUUGCACAUUUGCACAAGUUCACGCUGAGGUACUUUGCAAAGAAGAUGCUUCUAAAGCACUCUACCAAACUCCAGCAGCGGCACCCGCCAGGUGAUGAAAUCUGCAGCCACCCCCUCCCACCUGCAUUCAACCUGGACUAUAUUGGGGGCUGCAUCAGCAACCUGCCUGUCUCUGUCUUUGGGGUGGAUGGCAAGAAGAACAAGCUGUACUGCCGGAACCCGCGCCUCCUGUCCAAGCUGUGCCUGGACCACAAGACACUGUACUACGAUGUGGACCUCUUCCUAUCCUGCGUCCU